UCAUAAGAUGAUAACCGAUAACCCAAAAAUUUAGUAAAAAUUUUGAUUGGAAAAAAAUACAUCGAUAAGGGGGUGUGGGAAAUGGAAAUUAGUGGCUUUUCUGCUGUACUGUCUGCUAGUCAAAUCACACAACACUUUUUUCUAUGCUGCUAGUUUUUGCUCUGGGCUCUGGCUGGAUCUCUUGUUUAAACAAUUUUAAUCAGCUGAAAGUGGCCUACAAAAAAAAACCAAGAAGGAAAUGUAUAGCCUUGUGGCUAUAAAAGGCAAAAGAGAGAUAUAAAAAGUGUAUUGGCUAGUUGGAAGAAAGUCCACAUUGUCCAUGCAUAAUAAGUUAUUACUUUAUCAACAAAUAUCAAGAAGAUAGCAGGAAGUCACGAGCAACACGAGCAAUUGAACAACUUCAUAAGUUCAAGAAUAUCGAGGAAAUCCAGCUCCUCGAUACUACUGGGCAAACUAGAAGAUUGAAGAGGACAAAGCCUUUUGAACUAGUUUGAGUGAUAGGUGAUAGUGAAAAACGGAGCAUAGUGCUUGUGUGCUGUGCCUGUGUAUGUUAGAAUAGUGCACGAUCUUGUUAGAUUAGAUAAGAGACGCUAUGGGACUUGGACCGAUUUUAAGUCGGCAUUGAAAAAGAAAGCUGCAGAAAUAAAACGGGAACAAACUGGAACUGGAGGAGGACCCCCAAGUGGAAAACAAUUGACUUCCUACGAGGAGAGGGCUUUGAAAUUACUGGGGAGUAGUUUUAUUGGACUAAAUAUGGCAGAAGCAGGUUUGGAACCACCUCAGACAUUGGCCCAAUCACAAUUGCAUUUACCAAUAUCCGUAAAAAUAAAUGAUGGUGCAUCCACCAGUUGGCAAGAAGGGGUAUGUUCAUCUCCUACCUCUGUCUCUACAUCUAGUGUUCCCAUCAACCCAAUAUCUACAAAACCUAGAGUUGAAAAGAGACAAAUUUCAACACAUGAACAUAGUUAUGUGAAACAAAGGAAAGUGAGUGUUGAAGAUACAUAUGUGGAAACAAUUGACAUACUGAAAAACAUGGACACAAAACUGGAGUCAAUCAACCAAAAGCUAGGUUCUAUAGCGGAUUCGUUAAAAAUUAUUGCAGAGAAAAUGUAGUAUACUUUGUUUGUUCAUAAAAUAAAUAUUUGU